AGAAUCCAACCCCGCCUUUUCCAUCACAAAGUCAUGGAUUUCCAAAGUGAAAUUCCGGAGGAAAUUUGAGGAGUAUCCGGAUCCGGAGAAAGAGUGAAAAGGAAAAAAAAAAGAGAGAAAGAGAGAGAGAGAGAGGCAACGUGGAGAUUCGAUCAAAGGAACAACUGAAAGAGACCCAGGCAGGCGAGCAGGAGAAGAUGGGGAAAUGAAUUGGUUCCAGACCCUAACCAAAGUGGGAUACUAGCCCAGCAACUCUACUAACCUAAUGGUAGAUGACCUGAUCUUUUAACUACCUCUAUUGCCAAACCAGCUGCCUUAAUCAAUCUUAACCAAUGUCAACAAUUAGGGAGCAACCAAUUUUUAGCACCAGAGCCCACAUUUUUCAGAUUGAUCCUGCCACCAAGAGGAACUGGAUCCCUGCCAGUAAGCACGCCUUGACAGUGUCCUAUUUCUAUGAUGCUACUCGCAAUGUCUAUCGGAUCAUCAGUGUGGGAGGCACCAAGGCCAUCAUCAAUAGCACCAUCACCCCCAACAUGACCUUCACAAAGACCUCACAGAAGUUUGGCCAAUGGGCAGAUAGCAGAGCCAACACAGUGUAUGGGCUGGGCUUUCCUUCUGAACAGCAUCUCUCUCAGUUUGCAGCAAAAUUCCAAGAAGUAAAAGAAGCCGCUCGCUUGGCCAGAGAGAAAUCACAGGAUAAAACUGAAUUAACCAGCCCCGCCCUCAGUUUGACUUCCCACCAAAUUCUGGCCAGCCCCAUCAUUAGUUCCAAUGGUCCCGGAGAUGACAAGCUGUUCCGGAGCCAGAGUGCUGACAUGGAGAUGACAACAGAAAGAGAGCGCAUUAAAAAAAUGUUCUCUGAAGGGUCUGUUUGCGAAGUCCAGUGGGAAGCCGAAUUUUUCACUCUGCAAGACAAUAACAACAAACUGGUGGCUGCGUUGCGUGAAGCUAAUGCCAGUGUGGAGCAAUGGAAGCAGCAGCUGGCAUCAUAUCAGGAGGAGACUGAAACGCUGCGCCAACGAGUGGCAGAGCUGGAAGCCCAGAGAGGCCACAAUUCCUCAUGUGAUGUCAGGAAAGAGACCUGCCCGGCUUUAGAAGAGCUGGAACAGUUGGUGAAGGCCAAAGAUGAGGAGCUUCAACAACUGAGAAGCCAAAAGGGGCUGCAACAGCAACCGGAUGAUGAAUAUGAGGAAACCCGCCAAAAGGUGCAGGAGCUAGAGAGACAGAACGCAGAGCUGGAGCGGCGCUUGCAUCUGGCCGAACAGGCCCUCUCGGAGACCCUUUCCGAACGGGAGAAGAUGCACCAGGAGGUAGCUAAAUUGGCAGAGAUCAUGGACAUGAAAAUAUUUGAGCUGAGUGAGCUCAGACAAGACUUGGCUAAACUUGUGGAGAGCAACUAAAACCAGGAAAUACCGUAGAGGAAGAGCGCAACCCUCCUUUAACACCAGCGUGGUGGGCGUGGCCGAUCGGUGUGGAUAAGAAGUGAAGACGGCUCGACUUAUCCAGCGGUUGCAUCCUUUUGCCUCUGGGUGCACAUCUGGGGAGAAGCGAGUCUAGAGGAGGCAGCGACUGGAGAGGACCUCCCAGCCAAUUUCUCCAGCCUUAUUGUCCUUUCGGAUGCUUCCAUUUCUAUAAACCGUGAUGUGUUUUUUUGCCUAGCCUGAGGCAGUACGAUGGGUUUUUCCGCCCCAGUAGUUUUUGAUAGAGAACUCUUAACUCUUCCCCUCAGCCAUCCUACGGAACCAACGACUGAGUCAGAAUCCCCCUAUUGUUCCCGUAGGCCUUGUGUUGUGUUUUUAGCAAGACUGCUUUUUAUAGAUGACUAAAAGCUUCCGUGUGCAGUCAAGCACUCCUAGAGAAAUGCUGACUCCAUUUUGGGGGGGGGGGAAAUCUCGAGAAAGGAUGAUUCUUCUUUUCUCUUCUUCUUUUAUUAUAUGUAUUGUGGAGAGGGGCUGUUUGUUUUCAAUCUCAAAAUAAGCACUGAAUAUUUUGAGCAAAUCUGCAAACUGUGAUAUUCCGUUCAAAAAA